UAUUUAUCUUUCAUACUUUGUUUAGGAUAUACCAUCCCCAGGAGAGUUGAACAAAAAAUCAGAUACAGAACUUGAAGAUUUAUACCAUGCAUUUAUGAACCAAGUUCAGGUGAAGUGUAACAGGAUAGUGCGUGUUGGUUCUCUUGGAGAUGGAGGAUGGAAUAUUUGUUUGGAUGACGGAUAUUAUCCCACCAAGCCGUGCUUGGUAUACUCAUUUGGGAUUGGUGGUGACUCGAGUUUUGGUGUUCAGAUGCAUAAAACCUUUGGCUGUGAAGUACAUUCCUUUGACCCAUUUGUAAAGGGUCCACAUCGUGAACUUUCUCAUUACCAUGCUAUCGGAUUAGGUGACAAAACAGGCACGUACAAAGGCAGAAAGUUUAUGACACUGUUAGACAUUCGCAGGCAUUUAAAUCACAUGAACAAGGAUAUCUGUAUUUUGAAAAUGGAUAUAGAAGGGUCAGAAUGGAGCUCCUUGAAGAAGGCGAUGUCUGACGGCGAACUAGAUCAUGUGAAACAAAUACCGCUUGAGUUUCACUCACCUGCAAAGGGAGCGAAGUUUUUCCGUAAUGCUCUUAAUACUAUCAAGAAACUGAUGGAUCUUAAUUUCCGAGUAUAUUUAGUAGACAGGAAUAAUGCCUGCAGAUACAAAAAUGACAGAAACAUUCAGUUGACCAAAUGUUACAACAUCUACUUCAUUAAAGUUAGUUAAUAUAAAAAUAUAUAUAAUACCUGAACACAGACAAUAUAUACUCCCAUACCCACACAAGCACGCAAUACCUGAACACAGGCUAUAUAUGCAUACACACGCAACUUUCAUUAACACGCAGUACAUUUAUAGACAAAAAUAACUUUCGCCCACAGAUAUACACCAUACACAUGCACACUAUUUGGUCACAUACACACUCACACAUUUACACACACCACGUGAAAAAGAACCCCUUAACUGCUACACACACUAGCCCCUAUUUACACGCACACACACUUACACAUUCAUACACACCAUUCUCACAUACCCACACAGGCAACGCGCACCUUCAUUUGGGAUCAGCGGUACUUUAUUAUUUCCCUUUCUGUCAACCUCUUUUUAAAAAAAUAUUAUUAUCUCCCUUUCUUUCAAACGUUUUUCUCAUCAUUUGCCAUGCUUGACCGCUAAAUCUACAAGUUUUUUUUCAUUCACUCUCUGUUUAUUUUCUCAUUCCUUUCUGUUGAAGAGCGUAGACUCGAAAUGUAAAAAGAACUUUUCCAUUUUCCCGAGCGUCAAACUAAUACAUUUGCUUGUUGUUCAUA